ACAAGUCUGACUGAUCCGCAGUGGCGAGCGGAGACGGGGCUUGUAGAUUUGGAGGGGGCGUCAAUUUCCCUAUGAGAUAGAGUUUUGCGAGUACUUGCAGAGUGUAACGCAGCGAUGGUGAGAGCCAGGGAGAUCGGACGCGUGACCCAUGAGCACAUCAUCACCUUGUUCUAAAGCGGCGAGGGAGCUUUACAGUUCCUGUUGAUGGACAAGCGUGCUGAGUGGAAGGUUCUGGGUUUAAGCUCUGCAGUGCGUUUGCUUCGGGAAUUGAAGAAAUCGAGGAGUUGCAGGAGGGUCGUGUUGGGAUGGUGGGUCGCGUUUGUCAAGCCUGAUGCAGUCCUCGUUGUGGAGUUGAAGGCCGGACACCGCUGGUGUGUGUUUGUUUUGAGAAAGAAAUAUGAAUUUUAGGGCACGAACCUGUCUUCCCAUUUUGCAGUAUGCAAGAGUUCAAAUUCUACUCAGAUUUUGUGUAGACGAUGAACUUUAACCCUGAUGUUAGCGGGUCGGAGGGUCAUGAUCCUGGCACAAACCUAUCUUGGACCCUUGCGACUAAACCCUUGUUAUGAGUGGAGAAUAACUGGGUCAAAUAAAAUGUCUUUGGUAGGUUUGAAGUGUAGAUUCACAUGCUUGAAUUACUACACGGAAUGUACUGGAGAAGGAAUGGUACAUUGUUCGUCAGGUCAUCCCCCACAGCUAGUUUCUUGUGGAAAAUGGUCAAGAAGAAAUGUAAGUCAACCGAAGUGUAGAAUGUUCAGUGAUGCAGUGGUUAGAGCGGUUGGCAUUUCUCAAACUGAAGGGGAAAAUAGGUGUAGCCAUGAAGAACUUGGUCGAUAUGGUAUAGACGAAUUUGAUUACGCUGGUAUGAGGUCUCCCCCUCAACGGCCACCAAUUUUUGAUGAGCGUGAUACAAGCCCUGCGAAAACAGUUGCGAAGAUUAAGGCUAAGAAGGGUGUAGCUCUGAAGAGGAAGACGGUUCGCAAAACGGUAAGCGAGCCUAAGGAUGGAGUAGAAGAUACGAAGGGUACAGAAGAUCCAGAGCAUACAAAAGGUUCAGAGGCUUCUGAGAAUGACGAAAGUGCCGAGGCUGAAGGCAACGAGUGGUGUGUGUACCUUAUAUUGUCAAACGAUAAGCGAAGGACGUAUAUGGGUGCCACAGCAAAUAUUACUAGGAGGUUGAGGCAGCACAAUGGAGAGCUAGCUGGUGGUGCAAAAUCCACUCGAGGGGGUCGUCCUUGGAGUUUAGUGUGCACUAUGCGGGGUCUUAGUAGCCGGAGUGAAGCUCAACAGAUCGAGUGGAGAUUGAGAAAAUUUUCAAAAGAACAUUUUGAAUUUGACGACGCGCUUUGUGAGGAGGUCCCCGCAAAUUACCGGGGCUUAAAUGUUGUAGUGCGAAGAUGGGCCGCUUUUAAGAAAGUCCACGAGAUCAUGAAAGAUUGGAAACAUAUGCAAGUUCAGUGGUAUUAACAAACGCGAAUCACCAAACGGUUGGCAAGGUGACCAUGCUGCUUAUUUUCGUGACCAAAGCACAAUUAGUCUGCUCCUCUAUGUCACAAGCAGGUUAGUGAUAGCUAUAUGACAAUUACCUCAUUUCUUCACAUGGUAUUUGAAAAAAGCUUUCAAAAAGCCAACUGAAAAUACCAUUAAUCUCGAUUAAUUUUUAGAGCCUCCAACUCUCGAAUCAUAUAAAUUUGGUAAUGGUUCCAGUGUGAAGCUUCUCUUUCUUUCUUUCUUCUUCUUCUUCUUCUUCUUUUUUUUUUUUUUUUUUUUUUUUUUUCAUCUUCAAAUUCUUCAUAAGUUCUCAUUUUUGUUGUCUGUUGGCUCUGAAUUCGUGCAAUAAGAUGUGGACCUUCUCUCUUUGUGUCGGAGUAAUCAUUCAGUUACUGGCAGCAAAUUUAAUUUCUCUUUCCUAGAGUAGACAAUUUUCUCCAUUCCAAAAUGACUUUUGGUUGCAGGAGCGUCCAAAGAAACCUAAGUGCUACCCAGACUCACCUAUCUAUAUGAUAGAAGCUGCGGGGUGCUUAUUUGUCGGUCAGGGCUGACCUUGUAGUGCAUGUGACUCUCUCUCUGUUUGGAAUUUGAUCUCAUUUUGCAAUUUAAUCAUGCAUCAGUAGUCAGGGUGUCCUUCAAGUCAGCAUUUCCAGACGUCGUGUGAAUUGGCAAGUGUGGCCUUGUGGUUUUCAACGGCAUGCGUUGUGGUUGCGGAGUGAAGGCUGGAGAUAUAUAUUAUGCAGCAUUAUGGAACUGAGAAGCUUGCAAUAAUCAGGUAUGUAGCUUUUCGUAGUGACCUUGGAACUUGAAUAGUUCUAUUGAACUCGUUUGGAGUGCAUAUAAUAUACUCGUGUUAAGUUAACUAUUGGAUGUCAAUUGGGGUGUGGUAAUUAUCUCUGACAUUGUACAAUGUCUGAUAACACUAGAAUAACAUUUGAAUAAGUGCUGUAUAUGUGUUCAGUCAAUUGUUUUUUUUGAGUGAUGUAAUCAAGAAAUACAGUUCUUUGAAAAGAACUAAUGAAUGAUUAAUAAGUUUUUCGAGUUUGGGUUAAUAAAUUUUAUGAUUGACUCAAAUAUCAAUGAAAUAAAUCUAAGUUUUAAAAAUUGAAUGUAAACAAUUUUUUGUUACAAUAUUAAUUUUUUAAUAUCAAGUUAUUAUUUGUGGAUGGUUGAAAACUUUCAUCAUACCAAUGUUUAGCCAAAUACUUUAAAAUCCAUUAACUUUGCUUAUUUAUAGUUUUAUAAUAAAUUAUUGAUAUCAUAACUCAUAAUGAUGCCUUUGAAUAGUAAUGAAAUAUGAGUUGAAGAUUGUUCAAUUGUUGCAAUUUUAGAGAUGUUAAUAAUAAAGAUGUUAGGUGUUUUAGUAUUAGUUUCAGAAUUUAUUUGUAUGAAAAAAAUAGUUGUUUUGAUAGAGUAAUCUUCAUAUUGAUGCUAUUUUAUCAUUUUCUUAGAUGAUUAUUUACAA